AUGGGUUAUGAAAUCCUCUACUUUUUUGAUGCCUUUAAGGAGUAUCACCAAAUCGGGAUGAGUCAAGAAGAUCACGAGAAGACGGCCUUCUAUACCGAUCAAGGCGUUUAUUGCUACACCACCAUGCCUUUCGGACUGAAGAAUGCCGAGACCACAUAUCAACGCCUGGUUAACCAAGCUUUCAAAUCCCAAAUCGGCCGAAAUGUUGAAACUUACGUGGAUGACAUCCUUCUCAAGAGCCAAACGACCUCCACUUUCAUGUCUGACCUGAAAGAGGUCCUUGAGAUCCUCCGGAAGACUCGAAUGAUGUUAAACCCCAAGAAAUGUGUUUUUGGGGUCACCUCGGAAAAAUUUUUGGGUUACCUCGUCUCAAGGCGAGGCAUUGAGGCUAAUCCAGAUAAAGUGAGAGCGAUCCAGGAAAUGUCUCCACCUCGAUCCUUCCGUGAGGUUGAGGGUAGUGGAGCGGGCUUGCUUCUCGAAAACCCCCAGGGAGACGUAUGUUCAUAUGCCUUAAGAUUUGACUUCGCUGCUUCUAACAACGAAGCCGAAUACGAGACAGUCAUUGCCGAGCUCCAGUUAGCCCGCAAACUCGACGCUGGGCACAUCUUGGUUUACAGCGACUCCCAACUCGUCGUGUGCCAGAUACUGGGUGAAUAUGAGGCCAGAGAAGAGGUCAUGCAUCGCUACCUCUCCAAGGUCCACCAGUUGAUCGCACACUUCGAGUCUUUUGAAAUUCAAAAGAUACCACGGUCGCAGAACAAGCGGGCCGACGCCUUUUCUCGGCUUGUUUCUACCUCGUUUUCUGACUUGAAUAAGACCGUUCUUGUGGAAGUUUUAGCCGAGCCGGGGUACCUAGGAGAAGUCGUGUACCCCGUCUAUCCCGAAAACACCUGGAUGGGCCCUCUGAUUCGAUUUCUCAGUCAGGGGGAGCUCCCUGAUGACCGAGCUGAAUCGAGGAAACUUCAACGUAAAGCCGCUCGAUACGCUCUCCGACAAAAUCUCCUAUAUAAGAGGUCAUACCUCGGCACAUGUCUGCGGUGUAUUACACCAGAAGAAGGUCAAAGGAUCCUCCAAGAUAUACAUGAGGGACUCUGUGGUGCUCACGUCGGCUACAGGAUGCUCGUAAAAAAAACUCUGUUGCUAGGGUAUUUCUGGCCUACCAUGAGGGUAGAUGCCCAGAUCAUGGUCCUUAGCUGUCCUGCUAGCCAGCAUCACGCUCUUGAAGACCCGGGCAAUUACGCUUACGUGGUGGUAGCGGUGAAUUAUUUCACCAAAUGGGUCGAGGUCGAGCCUCUGAGGACCAUCACUGGGUCAGCCGUUCAAAAAUUUUUCUGGAAGAGCGUGGUCUGUCGCUUCUGCCUACCCCGGGUGGUCAUCUCGGAUAACGACAGGCAGUUCGCUGAUAAUCCUUUCAAGGCGUGGUGCGAAAACUUUGGAAUCAAACAGCAUUUCACCUCGGUUGGACACCCUCAGGCCAAUGGUCAGGCUGAAAACUUCAACCGUACUCUCCUUCAUGGUUUCAAAAUCAGGCUACAUCGAGCCGGAUCAUCCUGGAUGGAGGAACUUUCUAACGUGUUGUGGUCUUACCGGACCACCCCGAGGUCAUCCACCCAGGAGACCCCGUUCUCCUUAACGUAUGGGUCCAAAACUGUUGUCCCCGCCGAAUUCAUUACUUCGAGCCCACGAAUAGCAGUGUAUGCCGCCGAACUCAAUGAAGAAGAACGACGAGUUGACAUCGACCUCGCCGAAGAGAAGCGUGACAUGGCGGCGGCCAAAGUUGCUCUUUAUAAAAAUAUUCUAACUGGCUACUAUAAUGCCCGGGUUAAACACCUACGGUUCAGUUCGAGAGACCUGUGCUCCGGAAGAAUUCGGUCAGCCGAGUUGAAACUCAGGGGAAACUUAGCCCCAAGUGGGAGGGAGCCUACCGUGUAG